GCUCAAAAUUUCCAUUCAAAAUUAUCUGGUUUUAAGAUGCUUAACGUUGCUAACAACUCAGAGGUGAGCUCCACGUCGACCAUAGUCAAUGCAAAGGAGCCGAACAAUUUGCCAAUGGUUCCUGCCACCAAUCAUAGUAGGAGCCGCAGUCGUAGUGGUAGUCGGAGUCGAAGUCCAGGUGUUAUCUGUGACAGUAUGAAUCUGAGUCCAUCCGAGAUGCCGUCGAAUAGUCGCCGAGCCUUUCUCCAGCAUAUGGUAGACAGUCUUCCAAAGUCGGUGUACAAUCGGGUAUUGGCCCUGAAGCACAAUCAAUUGCAGCAAAUCAAGAUAUCGGAGCAGUUCUUUCGAGAGGUGUAUGAGCUGGAGAAGCGUUUCUAUUUACAGAGCUGUACGCUCUUCGAUAGCCGUCGCGACAUUGUGGCCGGUGAUGUGGAGCCGCCGGCAAUUGAGCGCUAUUGGCACGAGGAACCCGACGAUCUUCUUGAGAAGAUUAAGAGCUCGGAAGAGUUUAAGCAACUGACGGUGCAGCUGCAUCACUUACCAGCCAAUGCGGUGGGUGUGCCCCGCUUCUGGUUGACGGUCUUUCGCAAUGUGUCCCUCAUCUCGGAUUUGGUCCAGGAACAUGAUGAGCCAUUGCUUGAGUGUCUGGUAGAUGUGCGCAUUAAUUACGAGCCGGAUAGCUAUACGGUUGUAUUUCAAUUUCGUCCCAACUUAUAUCUGCACACAUCGUCGCUGCUGUUGACCAAGAAAUAUAUACUGCGUCACGAGGCCGACAAGGAUUAUCCGUUUAUGUUCGAGGGUCCAGAGAUUGUCCGCUGCGAGGGCUGUCACAUACACUGGCGGGAUGGCUCCAAUUUGACACUGCAAACGGUGAGGCAGAAACGUCUCCGGAAAGGUGCACGGAACAUACCAAAGGUGAUGCCACGCGAAUCCUUCUUUCGAUUCUUUUCGCCGCCGCAAGCGAUGGAUCUAUCAUUGGCCGACGAGAAGACCAAAAUGGUACUUGGCGCUGACUUCGAGGUUGGCUAUCUGCUGCGCACUCAAAUUGUUCCUAAGGCGAUACUCUUCUAUACUGGUGACAUUGUGGAUAACGUUAACGAUGACCUCUGCUCGGUGGAAAAUACAUCAGCAUCGUUGUCCUCAUUGUCGCACGUUGAUCAGGAUGUUCAGAAAGAUUGUAGGCAUUGUCUCAGCAUUAACAGUGUUAAUUCUUAAUACUAUUUUUACAAUAUUCAAUAAUCGUACGCAUUUUAAUUCUUACUUUCCACUUA